GGUGGAGUCUUAUCAAUAUAAAAGACCUAAAAGAGAAAGAGGAGCAUUUGAACCAUGAUGAAGACUUUAUGUGUUGCUGUUAUUGUGCUGAGUCUCUCCUCAGUGUGCCAGCAUGCACCGUUGGAUGAUCAAAGUCCAGAUCUCACUGGGAAAUGGAACCUUGUUGCCAUUUCCUCAGAUGUCUGCCUCUUUCAGGCAUAUGUAAGCGCUUUUAGUUUGCCAAGUUUUGCAGUGGACAUCGUUGCAGAGGAUGAACCGCACUUCUAUAAUGCUACUGUCCAGAUGAAAGUAUAUGGACUUUGCAUGGAAAUGUCAGGAACAGUUUUCUAUAAAAACAGCAAAACUUUUGCAGUCGACCGCAACAAUACUCCUAAUGAAAUGCCUGGUUCAACUGUGAUACUACAAGAUGGCUGUGAUGACUGCAGAGUUUUUAAGAAAGAAGAUGUGCCUAACACCUUCCUGCUCUUCAGUAGGAGACAGAAUAUCGAUGAACCUCAGUUAGAGGAGUUCAGUAAGCAUGCAGUGGCUGGCGGUGCAUCCAAACCCCUGGGCAUGAGCUUGGAUUACGACUUUGAAAACUGCACACAAAUGACUGCUGACAAACCUAUGCCUGACCUGGCUGCUUUUGGAAUAACAUCUGCAAGUUUUGAAACAAUGAUCAACACGUAUGAACAGUGCUCUGUGAACAUAUCCUCAGUAUUCCAAGCUAACAUGAGAACAUUGAUGUCAACACUUGAGGAUGUUGGUGACAAUUUGAAGUCUUCUGCUAAAGAACAGCGUUAGAGAACUAAAAUAUUUGAUUAAUUUUUUGCCAAUACGAGACAUUUUCAGGCCUGCACAGCAGCGCCGUCGCCUCACAGCAAGAAGGUCCCUGGUUCUCUCCGGGUACUCCGGCUUCCUCCCACAACCAAAAACAUGCUCAUUAGGUUAAUUGGUGACUCUAAAUUGGCCGUAGGUGUGAAUGUUAGCAUGCCUGGUUGUCUUCCUCUCUAUGUCAUCCCUGCGUUUGACUGGCGACCAGUCCAGGUUGUGCCCCGCCUCUCGCCCAAUGACAGCUAGGAUAGGCUCCAGUCCCUCCCGCGACCCCGAUGGGAUAAGCAAUAUAGAAAAUGGAUGGAUGGAGUAAUGUUCAUUGGUCAUGAUGUUUUCCUUGAUGCAAACCUUCAUUAUUAAGUAUAAAUAUAGAUUUUUCUGCAGUUCAAAGGAAAUAAAGCACUACUGUUAGAUUAAA